AUGUCAACAAUAACCCCCGAAGCACUGGAAUCGGGCCAGUCGCCCGUCAUUCCCCUCUCCUUCAAUGCGAAUCAACCAAGUACGAUUCGACUCUACCCACUCAGCAACUACACCUUUGGCGUCAAGGAGACGCAGCCAGAGGAGGACCCGUCGGUCCUCGCCCGCCUCAAGCGCCUCGAGGAGCAUUACACCCAAUAUGGCAUGCGCCGCACCUGCGAGGGCAUCCUCGUUUGCCACGAACACAACCACCCCCACAUUCUCAUGUUGCAGAUUGCGAACGCCUUCUUCAAGCUCCCCGGCGACUAUCUGCGCCCCGAAGACGACGAGAGCGAAGGCUUCAAAGCGCGCCUGGACGAGCGCCUCGCCCCUGUCGGCCGCAUCGGCGAAGGCGAGGAAAAGGGCGACUGGCAGCUCGGCGACUGUCUCGCACAGUGGUGGCGACCGAACUUCGAGACGUUCAUGUACCCCUUCAUCCCGGCACACGUCACUCGGCCGAAAGAGUGCAAGAAGCUGUACUUUAUCCAGCUACCCAAGAGCAAGGUCCUCAGCGUUCCCAAGAAUAUGAAGCUUCUUGCCGUUCCUCUCUUCGAGCUUUACGACAAUACGGCACGCUACGGCCCGCAGCUGUCCGCGAUCCCCCAUCUCCUCAGCAGAUACAACUUUGAGUUCGUCGACGAAGACGGCAAGGUCGUUGCCAUGACUCCCGGCACCGGUCCCCCGGAUGGCUAUGUCCCGACGACCAAGGUGCUGGCAGGCGACGACACAGAGAUGGCAGAAGAGGUGAAGGAGGAGAACGGCACAAGCUAG